AUGGCGGAUCUUGAUUCUUGGUGCUGGUGUAUGUAUGUGUGUAUGCAGGACGCCGGUGGACCACGGGAGGAAGGCGAUCAAGAGGGUGAUUGGGCUGCCCGGCGACUGGAUCAGCGUCCCGGAGACGAAGGAGAUCCGGAAGAUACCGGAGGGCCACUGCUGGCUCGAAGGGGACAAUGGCAGCGUCAGCCGGGACUCGAGAACCUACGGCCCUCCAUGGAGGUUGCCAUAUCUGCAGUUGCAGGAGAAAUUGUGAGCCGAUUCAUCUCCUUCCUGCUGAACAAGUACCAUUCGAGCCAUCCACGCUCGGAGGAGAAGGCGGUGGAGAGGUUGCAGCAUUUCCUGAUGAGAGUUUGCACCAUCGUCGAGGAGGCAGACACGCGAUACAUCACCAACUUCUGGAUGAUGGUGCAGCUCAAGACGCUUUCAGAGGCCAUGUACCAAGGAUACAGUGUCCUGGACAACUUGAGGUACCGGGUCCUUCAGGAUGAUGCAGGCUUUGACAAGGUGCCGCUUGGUCUGGUGCAGGGGAGGGUGACGCAUGUGGUGUGGCCGCCCCGCAAGAUAGGCCGCGUCGACCAAAGGGUACCGGAAGGAAGGGUCAUGGCACAGCGGAAUCUGUAG